AUCUAUAUAUAAUAUAUAUAUAUAUAUAUAUAUAUAUAUAUAUGUAGAAGAAAAAUUACAUGAGCAAACUAAUGAUCAUAUCAGAUCGAACGAAUCGAAGCUGCAAACUUUUCUCAAUUUGAAGACAAUUAUUGAUAAGGAGUAAAAUAUUCCUGCUUUGUGCAAAGACACUGGCUCUAACUGUCAAGUGCAGCUAUGCUGCUUACACUAAUGAAGGGCGGUGCGUGCAACGAAGUUACUCAAAAAGUGUGGAGCCAUCUGCCCUAGCCUGACAUCGACGAAAUGUUUUAGUAUCGAAAUCGAGGUGCCAGGCAAUGUGCAUCAUGUCGGUGCCUGGAUACAUAUACAACUGGUAGUACUGUACGAUACUAGCCUUCUUCAGUGGGAUAUAUACCCUUAUUAUACUUUCUAAGCUUCCUACCCUAAACUUGUACAUGCACAAACGCACACGCAUAGCGUGUGCGCAUGUGCUUUAUCAACUUUUGCCUACACAUCAUGAGAUUCUUGGGAUUUAUAUCAUUUCCCAUUUCGGCUACUGUGUUAUCUUUUAAAUUGCUGUUACCACUUCAUCGAUUAUUCUUUUCAUCCAUGUCUGUUGCCACUUGGUUUCUGGUGGUAUUGGUAACUGCAGCCAUAGAUACACCUGCUAGUACUAUUCCACCUGUACAAGAAAACAGAUCUUUACAUAUUAUAACACAGUUUCCUAUGGGAGAUAGUCAGAGAUAUGGAUUUUAUCCUUUAGAUCCAAAUACAACGAGAGAAGGUGCCCUUCGAUUUAAUCACCUUACUAUAGAUCCUACAACAGGAAGAUUAUAUGCAGGUGCCAUCAAUAGACUUUUACAAUUAGAUUCUAAUCUCAAACUGGAGGAAUAUGUUUCAACAGGACCAAGAUUGGAUAAUCCUCAGUGCCAUGCAACAGGCUGUCCUUCUAGAGACAUAACUACAUCUUUAAUGGAUAAUGUAAACAAACUAUUAAUUGCUGAUCUUGAAUCACAAACAUUAAUUGCAUGUGGUUCCCUUCUUCAAGGUGCUUGUGAAAAGUACAAAAUGUCAAACAUAUCUAUUAAACCGGAAUUCAUUCCCCAUAGUGUAGCAGCAAAUGAUGAAAAUUCUUCUACAUAUGCUUUUAUUGGACCUGAAAGAUAUAAUGCUUGGGGACAAACAAAUAUACUCUAUGUUGGUACUACAUUUACUAAUAGAGGAGAUUACAGACACGAUGUGCCUGCUAUUUCCAGUAGAAAUCUUCAUAAUUUAGAAUUUGCAGAAUAUACAUUUAAUAAACAGUCAAUUGUAUACAUUGAUGUAAAAUAUCGAGAUCAUUUUCUAGUUAAAUAUGUGUAUGGUUUCAAUGCUAGCGAUUAUGCGUAUUUUGUAUUGGUACAAAAGCAAUCUCAUCUUCCUGAGGAAGAGGAAAAAGGUUAUAUUUCUAGAUUGGCUCGAAGUUGUAUCAGUGAUCCAAAUUAUGAUAGUUAUACAGAAGUGACACUACAAUGUACUGUCGAUUUGGGAGAUGGGAAACCACAAUUUUAUAAUUUAGUACAAGAUGCAAAAGUAGCACCAGCUGGUAGUGAUAUAGCUACACAACUUGGUAUUUCAGUUGGUGAUCCUAUUUUUGUUUCUGUAUUUUCGCCAAGUAGAGGGAUUACAAAUGAACCACUUUCUCGUUCAGCACUUUGUGUUUAUAGUUUACAAAAUAUUGAAACAAAAUUUACUGAAAACAUUCAUAUGUGUUUUAAUGGUAGUACUAAAUACAGAAAUAUGGGCUAUGUUAGUGGUCCUAUACAAGAUGGAAAAUGUCCCACAGCAGGAACAACAGGGAAUAUCUUGAAUUUCUGUGAAGUGGGUUUGAAGAUUUCUGGAAUGUCGCCAAUUGUGGGAGAAGCAAUUUUAUAUUUUCCCGACGAAUUCAUCACUUCCGUAACAGUAGCUAAUACAGAAAGUCACACUGUUGCAUUCUUAGGUACUAACGAUGGCGUCCUCAAAAAAGUUUUACUUUCUGGAAACGAAGCAUUCGUCUAUGAAAGUAUUAUAAUUGAUAAAGGAAACAGAUUGAUGCCUGAUACUUUAAUUUCACCAGAUGGAGAACAUAUUUAUGUUUUAUCAACCUCUAAAAUUUCUAAGGUUCAAGUGGAGCAUUGCAGUAGUUAUAUUAAUUGUAGUAGUUGUUUAGAUGCAAAAGAUCCUUAUUGUGGAUGGUGUUCAUUAGAAAAAAGAUGUACAGUCAGAGGAGAUUGUCAAAAAGCAAGUCACAGUAGUCCAAGGUGGUUGUCUUUAGGUACAGGACAACAAUGUAUUGACUUUGAGCAAGUUCUUCCAGAUCGUAUGCCUAUCAAUCAAAUAACCACAGUUCAUUUAACAAUUCGAACUUUACCCGAAUUACCAGCGGGAGCGAACUAUAAAUGUGUUUUUGGUAACGCAGAACCUAUAGAUGCAUUAAUGACCGGAUUUGGAUUGUCAUGUCCUACACCAUCUGUUAUUGAAAGACCAAAUAUACCAGACGGAGUCGAUCAUGUUCUAGUACCUCUAUCCGUGCGUUCUAGUGAAACCAAUAAAGAUUUUGUCUCACGAAAUUUCGCAUUCUUUGAUUGUUCUAGACAUACUGUUUGUACAGAAUGUGUAAAAUCUCAAUGGGCAUGUAGUUGGUGUGUAUAUGAUAAUAAAUGUACACACAAUACAAGCUGUCAAGGUAUCAUUUCAGGAGAAAACAAUCAAGCGAAUUUGGCUGCGCAUGGUGCACAAUACUGUCCCAGAUUUGUGCAACGCAAAGAACCAUUGAUGUUGCCUAAUAGUGUACCUAAAGAGAUAAUGCUCGAAGUUGAAAAUUUACCACAUCCCCAAGUAGGACAUACUGGUUUUCAAUGCAUUGUUUCUAUUGAAGGUGCCAAUUUAAAGGUACAAGCUCGUGUUGAUAGCAGUCGUUUUAUAGUUUGUGAUAAAACGGUUUAUUCAUACGAAGCAGCCACCGGUGAAUACGAAGCAGAAAUAACUGUUGUUUGGAAUAUUAACCAUCACGUGGAUAAGACUACUAUUAUUCUUUAUAAAUGUGAAGUGUUAGGUUCACAUCGUGAACAUGCAGAUUGUUCCCUUUGCGUGACUAGAGACGCGCGCUUCGAAUGUACUUGGUGUGGUAAUAGUUGCGUGUAUCGACAUUCUUGUUUACACUCCCCAUUUACAGAGUGUCCAAAACCGAGGAUAGAUAUGAUUAAACCUUUAAGUGGACCGAUCGAAGGUGGUACAUUAGUUACUAUUGAAGGUAGUAAUCUAGGACUAAAAGAAAGUGAUGUGGAUGGAAAAAUACAUAUUGGUAAUACUCCAUGCAUAUUAGUUGACUAUGAAGUAUCUGUACGCAUUGUAUGCCGUACUGGAAGACACGAAGCAACAGAUACUGCUUCUGUAGUUGUUGGUAAUGAUGCUGGUUAUACUGAAAGUGCAGUAUUAUUUAAUUAUAAAGAUAUAAGAUUAUCUGGUGUUUAUCCAUCUGUUGGCCCACAAAGUGGUGGGACUCAACUUGCUAUUACUGGAAUGUAUUUGAACAUUGGUAGUACUAUUUCAGCUUAUUUGGAUGAAUUACCGUGCCAUGUUAAUGCCACGCAAGCGAGCAGCACAAGAUUAACUUGUGUAACAAGUAAAUCUGACAGAGUAAGAAAAAUUGACAGACUGACUCUUAGUAUAGAUGGUGCAAAUCGCACUUUAGUUGGUAAUCCUUAUAAUUACACUCAUGAUCCCACUAUUAUGGAGAUUAAGCCAUUAACAAGUUUUGCUUCCGGUGGUCGCAUGAUCACCGUACAUGGUACCAAUUUAGAUACCAUUCAAAAACCUGAAAUGGAGGUUUACUUUGAUAAUGAAUUGCUACCUGUGAAUAGAACAGUUUGUACAGUAUUAAAUCCGACACAGAUGGAAUGUCCAAGUCCAAGCGUUGCUAAGCGUUUUAUGACUCUUCGUCGCAAUGAGCGUGCUACUGUUAAUGGUCAAAGUACACCAUCUCAGUCACUAAAAUUAAAGGAAUCUCAGUUAUCCUUAAAAAUAGCAUUCAUUAUGGAUAACGUAGAAAGCGUUCGAGAUUUGGAAAAACAUUUUAAAAGUCUUAGAAAUCGUUUACUUUAUGUGGAGGAUCCGAAAUUCUUCGCUUUUCCACGAAAUAUCAAAUUAUAUAAAGGAGAUACAUUGGUUAUUGAAGGAGAAAAUUUGAUUUUUGCUAGUGAUGAAUCAGAUGUAAAUGUCACAGUUGGAACAAUGCCAUGCAAUGUGACAUCACUUGCUUUAACUCAAUUAGUUUGCAUUCCUCCUGAUCAACAACCAUCUGAUACAGACGAACUUGGAAUUAAAACUGAAAAUAAUCUACCUUUAGUAGUGGUACGUGUAGGUCGUAGUUUGAGAUUUCCUAUUGGUUAUCUGCAUUAUGAAGUGAUUAAAUCCUAUCCAAUUCCACCGGAAGCCAUUGCUGGAAUAGCUGCUGGCACUUUUGGUCUUGUAUUUUUAUUUGUUUUAGUAUUAAUAAUAUAUAGAAGAAAAAGCACACAAGCAGAAAGAGAAUAUAAAAGAAUACAAAUACAGAUGGAUACUCUAGAAAGCAAUGUUAGAAUGGAAUGCAAACAGGCAUUUGCAGAACUACAAACUGAUAUGACUGAUUUAACCGCAGAUUUGGAAUCAUCUGGCAUUCCGACUCUAGAUCACAAGAAUUAUAUUAUGAAAGUAUUUUUUCCUGGUGUCACACAUCAUCCCAUACUAAAUGAUCCUAGAUCGCGUAGUAAUGUAUCUCGAACAAAUUAUGAUGCUGCCAUGAUCCAGUUUGAACAAUUAAUUAAUAAUAAAUACUUUGUAUUGACUUUUAUUGAAACCUUAGAGGCUCAAAAAGACUUUAAUAUUAGAGAUAAAGUGAAUGUUGCGUCAUUACUUAUGGUCGUCCUGAUGGGUAAGAUGGAGUAUGCAACUGACAUACUUAUGAAUCUUUUAUUAAGACUUAUUGAAAAGGCGGUGAAUACGAAACAUCCGCAAUUAAUGCUUCGAAGAACUGAAUCUGUGGUAGAAAAAAUGUUAACGAACUGGAUGGCACUUUGUAUGUAUAAUUAUCUUAAAGAUUAUGCAGGUUCCUCUCUAUUUUUAUUAUUCAAGGCAAUAAAACAUCAAAUAGAAAAAGGUCCUGUGGAUGUGAUUACACAUGAUGCUAGAUAUUCGUUAUCUGAAGAGAGACUGCUUCGUGAACAAAUUGAACAUAGUGUAGUUACUCUUCAUGUCGUCCAAGAUGAUCUUGAUGAAAAAAUUCAAUGUAAGGUAUUAGAUUGUGAUACUAUAAAUCAAGUGAAGUCCAAGAUUUUAGAUGCUCUCUACAAAAAUACUCCUUUUUCGCUGAGGCCGUCCGUUCAUGACGUAGAUUUGGAAUGGAGACAUGGUAGAGGCGGUCAUUUAACUCUUCAAGAUGAAGAUCUCACAACAAAAUGUAGCGGCGAGUGGAAGAAAAUAAAUACAUUGGCACAUUAUGGUGUCAAGGAAUCAGCAGUAAUGUCAUUAAUUCCUAGACAGAAUGAUAGUUUUUCUAUCGCCUGUAAACCACCAUGUCAUAAUUGCAAACCAUCACAUUAUCAUCAUCAACAACAAUCUAUUCAUCAUCAUACACAUCAUCACCAUUUGCAUCGUCAUGCGAAUCAUUGUUCGUCCACACAUCUUCCAUCCACACCUAAUCACAACUUAAUUACUCCUGUAAUGUAUAAUCAUCCAGUUAGUGGUUUAUAUUUUGAAUCUCAUUCGCCACCGAUUAUAACAGCAAACGGUGACGUAGAAAGUGGUCAUGGUGGUAAUCAACGAUUAUAUCAUUUAGUAAGGCCUAUAGAAGAAAGUCAUUAUCCGCCAGGUAUGGGUUUUACUGGUAGCAAGCAUCAUCAUCCGGAACGAACACACAAAGCUAUCCCUGAAAUAUUUUUAACGAGAUUAUUAUCAACAAAGGGUACUGUUCAGAAAUUCGUUGAUGAUUUUUUGAAUACAAUAUUAACAGCGAAUGAAGCAUUACCUAGUGCUGUAAAGUGGUUGUUCGAUCUUCUGGACGACGCCGCAAAGCAACAUGGAAUUGUUGACCCGGAAGUGCCACAUGCAUGGAAAUCAAACAGUUUACCUCUAAGAUUUUGGGUGAAUUUUAUUAAGAAUCCAGACUUCAUGUUUGAUAUUAAUAAAUCAACCACGGUUGAUUCGAGUCUAUCCGUGAUCGCACAAACGUUCAUGGAUUCCUGUUCAAUGACGGAGCAUAGACUUGGAAAGGACUCACCGUCAAAUAAAUUACUUUUUGCUAAAGACAUACCACAUUAUCGAGAAAAAGUAGGUCGUUUUUACACAGAUGUACAAAGACUGCCACAAAUCACUGAUCAAGAAAUGUCUAGUGCCAUGCAACAACUAAGUGCAUCACAUGCGAACGAAUUUGAUGUGAUCGCAGCACUGAAAGAACUUUAUAUCUAUGUCAGCAAAUAUUAUGAACAAAUCCUAGAGGCCUUGGAGACAGACGCAGGCUGUCGCAAAUUACAUCUAGCCCACAGGCUAGAAAAUGUAGCGUGCACACUUGAAGGAGAGGAAACCAGUGCCUGCUGACAUAACCUUCUCAUUGCCAUCCCAGGACCCGUCAAUCUCUCCAGAAACACUGAUUAGUGCCUCCAUUUCAUGCAGAUACACCUCGUUACAUAUGUACAAAUCUACAUCAUGUGAAUAA